GAAUAAACAAAAUUCCCGAGCAUUUAUUGACCAUUCACGUUACGAAUGUGGCGCGUCGUGCUCUCGGUGAUAUUUAGCGGGUCGAUAGUCGGGCAGUUUUUUGACUGCCACGAUGACCCAAACUUCGAGCCAGACGAGGGACCUCUUACGGAGCUCCAGUUCACGUGGCUUGGAGCUUUGCAGUAUAUACACGUGAAGAAUGGUACACCACACUAUUUUAGAGUUCCAAGGGUGGUUCUCAUCAGUCGGCAAUUCGUGCUCUCAACUGCUGUGGAUGCAGCACAUAUACCUGAUGGAUAUGCUUUGGGUAACGUUGUCUUCGGAGAUUAUGAACGCGACGAAGCUGAGUGUAAAGUAUCUAUAGAAGAAUUGGCAGCGGGCGUGGAGUGCGAGCCUGCUGUUCUAUUAAUGCCAAUAGCUGAUGUUCUCUUGCACCCCGAGUACAAACAUUUCGGAACAAAAACAAGCAUCGCUUUAUUGAAACUCAUCACUACUGUGAAAUCAAUGUAUAUGGUACCAGCUUGUUUACCAUUUAAGAAUUUUUUGGUGGGAAAAAAUGGGAAACAGACUACAGAAAAGAUUUAUCAUAUCGACUUUGUAAGCGAUGUUCCAAGAGACUUCCUGGAUGAGGAAAAAGAAGUAUCACGUUUACAUUUACUGCCAAGAGAACUAUGUUACUUGUAUGAAAAUCCUGCGAAUAUAACCCGUGGACCUAAGAAUCGUAUGGCGUGCACGACUGGUUGCGGGUUUCAUUCAGGAUCACCAAGUUUGGUACAUGAACAUACCGGUCACUGGUCUAUCGUCUCGUUAUCCCAAGGAGGUUCACCAUGUCCAGAUCCGUUACGUACCCGACGACCACCGUCACCGCCUCGUCAUACGCUCAUACACCCGUAUGUUCCUUGGAUCACCGCUGCGAUUACUGGAAAGGCAGUUGGUGCUUUUUCAAAAGACGACCCAUUUGGUUACGUAAUGCCCCGUAGCUCUAUAUAUGAUUUACUUGGGCACCGCUGGGUUGGUCAUUGGUGGAUGGGUGGUCUUCGCUGUUACGAUAGAGGAGAGUCGGCUCAAGAUUUGUUUAAAUUUUACCAUGAAAUAUUCCAAGUGAAGCCUGUGACAUUAACUUACCUUACUUACUAUUUGGAGGUAUCUAGUGCUCAUGAAACGAUGAUAAUCUGCGUAAAAGUUGGCAUGCCAUAUCGGCUGGGGCAGCCUAAGGUCUGGCAGUUGGACAGUCCCGAAGUGAAGGUUCAAGUACCUCUUGUAACGUUCUCUAACCUCUACAAGUUCCAAAUAGAAGCUUGGGCAUAUAACUCAACGGAAUCAGAGACCUCAUCGGAGUCAUCUUCGACAAUAGAAAGCGAAUCGAAUGAAUUUGUUCCCGGACAGGGAGAGGGCGAAGAGAAACCAGGAACGGGGUUAUAA